AUGAUAGAAGGACCAACCAUCAAGCAUGGCCCCUGGUAUCUGAGGCUUUUAGUUCUGCUGAGCUGUCUGGGGACCACCAAGUCGCUGGUUGGUCCAGAUCUCAGUUGCAACGUCAGUGUCAAGCAUCGUAGGACAGCUGGGAAGUGCUCGGUGAAUGGAUACACUCUCUUUCAGCUUGAUAAUGAAAGUCAAGACACACUUCUGCAUCAACUCAUGAAGGAGGAAAAUGCCGCCAAGGCAUGCAGAGAUUUGCCCCCCAGAAUGAAAAGCAUUUUAGAAGAGUCUUCCAAGAUCACUGGAGAUCACACAAUAAAUGUCACCAUGCAUUCUCGAUAUCAUAAAAGAGAACUCAUUGAUCCCUGCUGGGCCAUCGCCAUUGAUGGGCGGCCUCCCAUUUACUUUUAUCCAAGUAACAAGACCUGGAGACCGAGUCACCCUGAUGCCAGGAGUACCAUGAAGCAAUGGGAGGCUAACAGCGACCUAACACAAGGUCUCUCAACACUCUCCAAUGGAGAUUUCAGAAAGUGUCUCAGGAUAUUGCCAACACACUUGAAAGAAAAGCCAAGAUCAACAACAAUAAAGAUCGCAGAUACCACCCAGCUUACCUCAGCCAUCCAGAGUCCACCUACAGUGAAUAGCACCCAGCGUCCAUGGAGCACCUGGAAGAUUGGUCUGCCUAUAGGAGUAGCCACAGUCCUUGGAGUCGCCAUUGCAGCAGUCUAUUGUGUUUCCAGAUGCCGAAGGAACAUGCUGGCUUCUCAUUCUUGGUGUUGGGAUGCUUUGUCUGGUAAGGACAUAGGAGAGGGGGCCCUGUGGUCUCAUCCAAUCCACUGCCCAUCCCAGAGGCUAUCUGUCCCCUAG